CUCGCGAAGCCAUGGUAGCGGUGCGCACGACGUCUCAGCUCCCUUAGGUCAGGGCGGGGAGGGAGGUUUCGCGAGACUGCAGAGCCGUGUGAGCCGAGGGAGGCGAGGAAUCGGAAGGGCGUGGUUUCUUCCUCGGUUUUGAUCGAAGAGUUUCUUGCCGUCGCGUAAUUACAGUCGUUUGAGAAGAUGCAAAGCAUGUCGGAGCUCGAGGAGAAUCUGACCAUGUAUGAGGGCCAGCUGCAGCAGGUGAAGGAGCUACAUGAAGCCGAGCCUGACAGUGCUGAAUAUGAGGACAUGCAUGGGGAACUGGAAGAGGGCAGCACAACAGAGCAGCAUGCGAGACAGGACCUUUGUCGGAGUUGCUUUGCAAGGGCGAGACGAUGUGAGCCGGAAGCACAAUCUUCUACAGUACAGAUUUCCAAUCAAUGAGUACUGGUGAACGAUCGGGAUAGUCAUGAAACACGCGACGUACCUGGAAGACUUCCAGUCGGUGCCAGAGUUCAAGAUGUUUGGAGCGAAGAUGGUGAAGGGUGAUUGAUCUGACCCGGGAUCCACUUGAUAGGGCGAGACGAUGUGAGCCGGAAGCACAAUCUUCUACAGUACAGAUUUCCAAUCAAUGAGUACUGGUGAACGAUCGGAUUUUGCUGACGUGGAGAGAGUACUAUAGAGUACGCUUGGACGACGCCAAGUUCUUCCACACGGUUGCUGACGGUUCUGCUACGAGGUUUGAAGGAACUGCGGUGAGCACAGUGGACUGCUGUUCUGUCGAUACCACGGUUCGUCCAUCGCGAAGGGCUACUGUGGUAGGCUGCGCACGUGCUUUCGCCUCGCCAUCGCCUCGUAAUCGGCUGGCGGUCCCCCCAAAGCAGCUGCACCCUGCCGCGCACAGCCGCUCACUGCUCGCCCACUAGCCAUAUCUCCAGAUUAGCGGUCCCCCGGCCUACCGCCGCUCUCUCCUCGCCGCUUUCUCUCGGUGAGGGCUAAAAGCGCCAGUAAGGGGAGUCGAACCCUUGACCUUGCGAUGAGGAGUAGCAUGCGCUCUUCGCUGUGCUAUCUACGUUGUUGUUAGAAAACGCCUGAGCUGAUAACAGAAAACAGAAAACAGAAAACUUUGAGUUUAUAAAUUGCCCAGCAUAAGUUUCCCGAAGAAGUCGUGUUUCUAGUUUUGCAGUCGUGUGCAAAGUUUUCGAGUUUUGAGUUCAUUCCAACGGCCGUUCAGUCCACUUUUGAACUGCCGUAUCGGAUAGUGGAACAUCGAGCUUCACUGACAUCUUGCUUUAUGAUCCGACUUAUUUUCAUGCACUGAAGGCACUGAACCUUCUGUUUGUGGUUGUUCAAACUGGUCUGCGGAGG